CCGGGCGCGUGCAGGCACUGCAGCGGGAGGUUCAGGGGGUCACCACCAUCAUGACACAGAAUGUGGAGCGGAUCCUGGCACGGGGGGAGAACCUGGAGCAGCUGCACAGCAGGGCUGGUGCGGUGCCAGCGCGAGGCCGAGGAGGUGGCGGAGCUGAUGCGACAGAACGUGGCGCGGGCGCUGGAGCGGGAGGGGCACCUGGAGCAGCUGCAGAGCCGUGCCCAGGACCUGCGACAAGCGAGUGAAGCCUUCACCCGCACCACACAGACAGUGAAACGGCGCCAGCGCAGGAGACAUCAGCGGUGGCACCUGGUGGCCCUUGGCCUUGGCCUCCUCCUCCUCUUUAUCCUGGGUCUGGCACUGGCACUGGCCCUGGCACGGUCAUCCCCUGGGACUGUCACCAGCACUGUCCCCACCCCAUGGUGGGGACCAAGCACCCCCCCAAGCACCACCCCACUGCAGGGACCCACGACAGAGCAACGGGGGGGACGCCUGAGGGGGGGCCAUGAUAAAUAAACACUAGGACUUGCUUGGGGAGACUCUACAACAACAAUAAUCAAUCACUGGGAUGAUCUUCAAGGAGAACCUACAAUAAAUAAACUCCAAGAUCUGCUUUGAAGAGACCCUACAAUAAAAACCCAGCAAGACCUAUUAGAGGGUAACACUACAAUAAGCACCAGGAGCUCUUUGGGGAGACCCUACAAUCACAAACCAGGAGGAUGAACUUCUGGGAGACCCUAUAAUAAAUAAAUAGCAGGAUCUGUUUUGGGAUGACCUUACAAUAACUAAGGCUCCAGAAUCUGAUUUGAAGAUACUGCAUGAUAAUAAACCAGCAAGAUGAACUCUUGAGAAGACCCUACAAUAAAUAAAUAAACACCAGAGUAUGUUUAGGACCCCACAGAAACCGAGCCUGCGGGACCUACUUCAGGGAAACCCUGCAAUAAAUAAACACCAGGAUCUGUUUUGGGGAGACCCUACAAUAAAUAAAUACCAAGAGCUCUUUUGGAAGACCCUACAAAAACAGAGCAGUGGUACCAGCUUGGGGGAGACCCUACAACCCCAAACCAACAGGAUGAUUUCCAGGAAGAUCUUACAAUAACAAAUGUGACAGACCCUCCAGGGAGACCCUACAAUUAAUAAAACAUCAGAAUUUACUUCAGGGAGACCCUACCAUAACAAAGGAUCAGGAUGAUCUCUGGGAAGACCCUACAAUAACAAACAUGUUGGACCUCUUCUGGGGAAACCCUAUGAGAAAUAAACACUUUAACUUUU